UGACAACAAGCAAUCGAGUAUGGAUGCAGAUCACGCUGGAGUGAUAUUCGAGGAUCACCUUUACAAACAAAGUGGUGUAAAACGAGGAAAGUUAGCAUUGAUCAGAAAUGCUCGCUGGAAAUCUAAGUAUUUCAUUCUUAAAAAGGCUGGAGAUAGACCUGUCUUAGAAUAUUACAAUAAGAAACCAAAGUCAAAGAAUGCCAAACCAAAAGAAAAGAUUGCAUUGUGGCCAUCGUACCGGGUGGAGAAGAUUGGCGGCACGAAGAACCGGGAGCACGUGUUUGAGAUCACGACUACGGAGCACCAGAUCGUCCUGUCGUCGGACGACCGAAACAAGAUGGACAUGUUCGUCUUCUUCAUACAGAGUCAGGCCAGACUGCUUGAGGAGAUUCAAGAUGACUUGAUCAUCGUGUAUCCGGAGAACUCGCAGGUGAUGAAACAUAUUGGAGCUCAGAACACAAAGUGUAUUCUGCACAUAUCUCCGUACGGGAUAACACUAGCUCUUCAGGCAACCCGAAGUAUAAUUGCUCAAUGGCCAAUCAAAAGUAUUAGAUGUUAUGAGAGUUCCGGUCAAGGUCAGUUGACGAUAGAAGCUGGCCGUGUAGCACCAAUGGGCGAAGGUGUUUACAUUUUCCAGUGCCAGGCACAGGAGGACAACGAUGUGUAUGAUCUGCUUGACAAAUAUAUCAUGGAGACCUUGGAUAGGGCACAGCUGACAAGACGUGGAACAGCACAGGAGAUUGAAGAUUACCACCAGGAAUUUAACCAGCUGCACUCUUUAACGAUAGUAAAACCUUGUCUGCCUAACACAACAGUUAUAGCACACACUUUGAAAGACAACUGGAACCAUGACGUACCAGGUGUAAUACUACAUUCUCAACAACAAAUAACGCAAAAGAGUAGAGAGAUGCUUCAGUUGGCUGAAAAGGAGAGCAGCAGUAAAGUGAACAGUGGAGCCCCGCCUCUUCCCUUGCCUCGCGGAUCAGUCGUCUUAGUCAGCUCAAGGCAGUCGCCAAACUCGAGAAUGAGAACCACCCAGCCAAUCAGUAUUCAGAACAGACCAUCACCUCUUGUCGGUCAAGUUGAAGGGGAGGAGCCUAGACUGACGAGCAGACCGCCUCCACCUCCCCCUCGUGCUUUGAGAAUCCCUAGCAAUUCCAACUCCCUGCCCCGGUCCAGCAACAGACAGCGCGAGAGUCUGAACAGCAGCUCUGAGUCUCCAUCAGCAAGAUUGCCGGGACACGCUGCGAGAACGCCGUCAUCAGGCUUCAUGUCACCAGGACUUAAUAACUGGUCCCCUCCUCCAUUUUUUGCUGAUGUCGAGCACUUCAGUGGCCAGCAGUCGCCUCGGGCUAACAGUUCUGUGUCUUCUGGUUUUGUGAAAGAUCAUUAUCAGUCAUCGCUCUCCUCUCAGCUGGAUGCCGAUUCCUAUCUAGUUCCUGUUAACAAUCAGUAUUUAACAGCCGUUAAUUCUCAAGGUUAUGGAAGUCAUGGCGCUUCACACGGCCAGCAUGAGUUCUUGGCCAGACAGCUCGAUGAAGCAGCAGGUGCAUCAUGGAUGGCGUCUGCUAGUUGUGAGGACCUGAGUGAUCACAUGAAAGCAGUUCUGUAUGACAAUAACAGCCAAGGAAAGGCAGCGGUGGAUGAAAACAUGAACAGUCAGAAGCCACCAAAGCCUUUCACAGGACUGCAGGAGUUUCGCAGCAGUGUAGAAUGGGAUCCCAGGGAUCGUAGUAGGUCGGUGGACUACCACAACGUUCUUGCAAUUAGGGAGUCUGGUGCUAAGGGAUACCCCAGCCCCAGCAUGAGAAGAAUACGCAAAAUGAUGGCAGCCAAAGGUGAGAGUGAAUCUCUUCGGAAAUCCGUUUCCAAUCCCAACUUUCUCAAUGUGGGCAGCUUGGAGAAACUAAAUUACGAGAAGCUGCAUGGUGUCUUCAGACCUUCUAGUCACGGUUUUUCAUCAACAGAUGAUAUCGUGUCAUCGCAACAGCUUGAAUGUGAGACUCGUCACAAGAGUCGGUCUCUGAUUGACUUGUUGUCGAGUGGACUCAGAAGGCAUCUGAGUCGCGACAAGCUCGACCAGUCUCGAAACAGUCAUGGUCACGCGUCUCCCACGCACAGUGGGAGUUCAACACCAGACAGGAGUCGGAGGAGGAGUCGAACAAAUAGUUUGGACAAAAAUGGCCACAAACAGUUGAACAGGCAGGAGAGUUCCAAGUCUAUCACAGUGAAAGAUCCAACAUUUAAAGACAUUAGGUUCACGGAACGGACCAGGUCAUUCAGAAAAGUCAAGAGUAAAGAUGGAACAAGUCCAACAGAGAAGAAAGAAUGUGCGUCAGAAAAAGUGAAACGGCGUGUCUUUCAGAAGCAGAAGCACAGUGUUGAAAACCAGGCGAACCAUUUUCACUUACAGAACGGAACAAUUCCAUUCAGCAGGCAGCAAGCUGGCUAUGUUGGGAGUAGUCAUGGGUUUGUAACGAACUCUGCGAGUUUUGAUGAAAGUCGUAGUGUUGCUGUGGUACAUUCCCGCCAGCACAGUGCCCCGAUUCAGACUUACAGAGAAGAGAUUUCCUUGCCCAUUGGAUCAUUGCAGAUGUCGCGCAACAAUAUGAACAGAGCUUACGAUCCGGUGGGGAUCGUUAUGAGCCGCACGGAAAGCCAGUCCAGUGUUUAAGAAAUCCAUUAAAUCAUAAUUUCUCAAAAUAACUACAACAAAUACAUUAAAUUUGUUCAAGUAACAAAACUAAAAUGUUUAUUAAGGUUUAGAUUUUUGAAAAAUAGUGUUUUAAUUGCAGUCGAGCAGUGUUGUGUCGAUCUUGUGUAACAAUUGGUGUAAUUGUAAAACAUGAUUCACUUUGUUCAGCACGUGUACAGUGGUAUGAUUGAUUGGUUGAUUAAUUGAUUAAUUUAUUCUUCAGUGGAAAACAAUAUGCAUUGGCUAAAAUAAUUAAUUUUAAAAAUAUCACAAUAAAUUUAUAUAUCAUAUUUAAAUAUGACAUUGCUUUUUAAUUUAUUUAUUUUUUACAUAUUUGACUGAACAUUUGAGUUGAUAUUUGUGAGCUCGAUAUUUUUAUGUGGUCCCCACAAUAUCGACAUAACGGUGCUUCACUGUAUUUUUAUUAGAAUUAAGAUAUACAAAUAUAUCUUUACCUAAUUUUUAGAAGCAUUGUCUUAACAGGCAUUUUGUAUUUUAGUUUAGAUGAUUGCGAUUCUGAACUCUUUUCACAUAUUAAUAAGUUACUAGUAUUUCUAAUUGGUAAGAAAAUUUUAGAGUUUAAAACUUGAAGCAUAACUACAUAUGUUGAAAUAGAAACAUUUGUAGAGAACAUUGAAUCCGGUGUUGUAGAAAUGUAUUUUCAGUUUUUUGACUGAAUGUAAAAAUUACAUCAUGUAAAUUACAUUGUCACACAACCAACCCAACCGAUUUGUGUUCAGUGUAAUAAUUAAGUAAUAAUUUCUUACUCAUAAUUAAUUAGAUAUGUAGAUAGAUUAUAAUUUAUAUAAGAUUAAGUAAAUGGCACUACAAAAGUAGUUCAAGGGAGGCAAUUCAAAUUUCACAAUACCCUGCUGUUAGUGCAUUUAGUGCAUGCCCAAACGGCCAUAAAUAUUUUUUAAAUUAAAUAAAACCCGUUAAUAUUCAUUUUUAAAAAAGAAAAAACAAAACUAAACCUUGUAUAGUUCUGUACUGUUGAUAAUCUAUAAAACUUACUGAUCAAGACAGUAUUUGUUUAUUAUAUUAUUAUUAUUAUAAUUUAUCAUGCAAAGUUUGUCUGCCAUUCUACACCUGGUUUGUUGGCCAACAAAACCUUUACACUAAGACGAUCAUAUUAUGGACAGGGUACUCUCAUUAGGUGUCAUCGAUAGUAGGAUUGAUAACCCUUUUCAUUUCCCCAAUCCUAAACCACCACUCAUGUCAAAGGCUGCCCUGGCUGUUGGAAAGUGCAUAUAAAAUAUCCCUACCAGUUAUUUGGUAGAAGUAGCCCCUGAAGUGGCAGACUUACUCUCCCUCUCUUGAUCAAGUGUUGAUAUAGCCACAAUAUAAAAUGUGCCUAGACGCCAUAAAACCAAUAUUUGUGUCUUAUCCUAGGAUAGUCUUCAGAAAACCGGUUCAGCUGUACGUUGUUAAUUUAACGAGUAUUUAACUGUUGUGAUUGGUGAGAUAAUGGAAUUAUAAUGUCAUUUUUCCAAAGCAUUCCGUUCUCUUAGUACAUGUACUAUAUAACUACAUUCUAUUUGAUGUGUGCUCACAAAGUUAAUUAAACUGAAUGUAAAUUCUUCCAACGUUUUCCAUUGUUUUGUCAAAUAUUUAUGAAACAAAACUAAAAAUAUAUAAGCCUAUAUUAUUUAUUAUAUAACAUUCACAUAUUGACAAAAAGGAGACCCGUAUAUGAAGUGAUCCUGACAUAAAUAAAUCCAUCAGUGAUAUAAUGGUGCUAUCAGUCACUGGUGAAAAUAACAGUCAGAACUUGUUUUCUUACACACCCGUUGGAGAGAACACCAUGCAUUAUUUUUGAUAACACAUAGUUGUUUACACACAUACGUUUGUUAACAAUUUCAAGACAUAUGACUGGCUGCUCCUAGAUGUGACCAGG